UUACUAUUGUACAGCUGAGCAAAAUUACCUCAAAAGGCCACUGAGCAAUGUCGUCGAAGUGGCAGAGAUUGCAUCUAUCCAACGACAGAUUGGCUCCACCUCUUUUGUUUCACUAUUCUGUCUCCGAAAACGGAUAUCAGUUGUAUAUAACUGACCUGACCCACAUCUGGUCUGAGAAUCUAAAUCGCCGGCAUAUUCUGAGAAGAGCCGCUGAUGAUGACGCGACGAUCGACCCGAGUGAGGACACAGAACAGUUUUCUGUACUAUUACAAAAGAUAGGGGAUGGGCUUCGCAAUGAACCUGGAAGCAGCACAGCGCUGAGUCAUGGCCCAGAGAGUGACUCUCUACAACUGAUCACCUCAACAAAACUACCAGCUCCGCUCCAGCCUCUGAAAUGGAUUAUCUACCUCUUUAAAGAGCCACAGUCCUCAUUGACGGCUCAAUUACUCCUUCCGCUAAUCAAGGCGGAGACUGGCUGGGAGGCGCGCCAACGAGGUCUAAUCGAACUGCUAAACACGAAAGAUUGGGUGCUGGUAAAGCUGUUUGACAAGCUCGAAGCGAUGGGGGUUGAUAUCAGCACCGUUUUUCCUGGUAUCACUGGAUUUCGAACCAGCCACAAAGGCUCGAUGCUGACACAAGCUGCUAAGUAUAUCAAAGGAGUAGCGCCUUUUGACGAGCAAGCUUGGCUGGAUGAGGCCAACGUAUCGUCUCUUGGUCUCGGACUUGCAUCCGCUAUCAUGACAAAAGCAGCGGGUUCUAGCACGGAUGAUAUGGCCCAACAACUUGAAUCCCUGUGCCCGGCUUCCGAUGGGUGGUGGAAAACGCUUACACCAAGUAACAUUCCCGCUACCAACAAGCCGCCUGAGCAGAGGGAAAACAGCAAAGGCGUAGAUUCCAAGCCACCACAGAGCUCAGAAGAACCAGAAAGAACAGAUGGUGGUACGGAGACUGAAGAUGAUGAAUUUGAACGACAAGAAACACCCCCAAGGCUCAAACGUCCGCCGGCCUCCAAAGUUAAAUCACCCUCACCAAGGCUAGAGGAGGAAACGGAAAGCGACGACGAAGACGAAGAUGUCCAAAGAAAACAAGGUCGUGUCAAACCUCCUGCGCCACGAGAGAAGCCCCUUGUCAAACCCUCCAAGGGCCUUGGAGUCAUCGGGGGCAAGAAACAACAGCCACCAAAGCAGUAUUCUCCACAGCCAUCAUCGCCGUUGUCACCAGAUAUUGACACACCGGCACUGGCUCCCAAAUCAUCUCCACCUCAACCAAAUAACGACGAAACGGAGUCAGAACCAGACGAAGAUGACCAACCCUUCCCAUCAUCGCCGCCGCCGUCCAAACCCCAGUCGUCAACUAUUCCACCAACCAAGCCGCGUGUACUAGGAGUCAUAGGUGGUAGAAAUAAGGAAAAGGAAGCCUCAUCACCACCGCCGUCGCUGCAACCCGAACCUUCAAGCAAGCCACAGACCAGACCGCGGGGACUAGGAGUGAUAGGCGGCAAGAAGAAAGAUAGACAAGCCUCACCACUACCAUCGAGGCAGUCUCCCGAGCCACAAAAUACCAUCUCUAAGUCACACUCACCGGCUCCCGAACAACAGCCAAAGGCGCCACCGCCACCACCCAUAGAGCAAGAGAAAGAAGAAACGGAGCAGGAGAAAGCGGAUAGGAAGCGUGACGAAUUGAAAAGGCAACUUGAUGCCAAAAGCAAGGCUCCGGCGAAGAAAAAGCGGAAGUUCUGAGUAUUGACAUUGGCCAGCAGAGUCAAUCUUCCUGCGUGAUUUUGGAUAUCACGGAAUGUUCUUUUGGAAUUUGAAACAAGAUUCCAAGACAGUGGAUGAGUUCUGUCUCAGGAUAACUACAACACCUUCACGAAAGUUUCCAGGAUUAUCCUUGUCUUUUUUGGGGCCGCUAUUUGUGUACACUGAUAUCUGGGGAAGAUUUUGGUUAUGACCACAUAUCAACACGGGGGCAAGUGAUCCAUGGAUAUAUCAUCUUCCGUCAAUAAUUAGAGGGACACAGGAAAGCCGCAGUCAGAUGGACUCGAGAGCAAACAUGUCUGGUCAUCUCUUUUGCAUCUUAGGGUCACAUGUAGUAUAUGAGCUAUAUACCAUAGCCAACACGAACCACUUGCACAUUUUCCGACCCAUCAAGGCGCCACAAUUUAUUCUCAAUGCGAACAUGUCAG